AAAUAUAUCUCGCCGCGGCCCAAAGCCCUAGCCGCCGUCCGCCGCCUUCGUCGUCGGCGCGUCUUCUCGAGCCCUCGGCGCGCUGCCUUCGAGGAACGAGGAGCGCCACAGCACAGGGCACAUCCGCUACCCCUAGGAGUUGGCUCCAACUUGGUGGCGUGGACUCUGGCCGGUGAGCCUUGGCAGAUGGAGAACGAUGGGGAUGGGGGAAAACGUGACAUGUGGGGUUCCUUUAUCUGCUGAUUGUGAUGCUUGACGAUGGUUAGCAUCCGACAGCAAUGGCAAAGCAUCAUCCUGAUCUCAUCAUGUGCCGGAAGCAGCCCGGCAUUGCGAUCGGUCGCCUGUGUGAGAAAUGCGAUGGCAAGUGCGUCAUCUGCGACUCAUACGUGCGCCCAUGCACGCUUGUUCGGGUCUGCGACGAGUGCAACUACGGCUCAUUCCAGGGAAGGUGUGUGAUCUGCGGAGGAGUCGGCAUCUCAGACGCCUACUACUGCAAGGAGUGUACCCAGCAGGAGAAGGACCGGGAUGGUUGUCCCAAGAUUGUCAAUCUUGGAAGCGCCAAGACUGAUCUCUUCUACGAGCGGAAGAAGUAUGGUUUUAAGAAGAGAUGAUCGAGAAGAGGGAGUUGCUGGGUUCUAUUGGCUGCUUGUUGUGUUCUGUCGCACUGAUACUGAGAGUAGGCUGCUGCCAGGCUGCUGAGGCAGCAGCGUUGUAUUCAUGUUAUGAUUUGAUAUUGGUGUGAGAAUACACCCCUGAUGUGCCUUGUAAUAACUAGUUCAACUGUAUGAUCUAAGACUCUAAAGACUGCUUAAUGCAUAUGCAACAUGCGGUUCAUGGUUACAUCCAUGGAUAAACUUGAAAAUUGAAA